CUUUUCUAUAAAAAGUCUUUCUUUGGCAGUUCGCUUUUGCUUUUAUUUCGAUGUUGGACGCCAGUGCUGGUUAUUAAUUAAACAUUUUAACUCAAAUAAAAAGCUUUAUAUUAUAGCCCCAGUUAGUGGGUGAUUAAAUAAAUCUGGGUUUCAUAGAAACAAUAGUCGAAAAAAUGAGUAAGAUUAUCCCGGCCGCUGCUAAGUUGUUCAAUGGAACUCCGAUUACGAAAGUUGCUGCUCCUGCGGCUAUCACUUCGAACGCAAAAUACAGUACAAAAUCCGAAGCUACAUUUGAAAUUAAGCCGUACAAAUUGCACAAGUUAGACAAAGGUCCUGCCACUACUACAACCCUGACAGCUGAAGAUGCAAUCAAAAUGUAUGAAAAACUGGCAGUACUCAGGAGGAUUGAAACUGCAUCCGGUAAUCUGUACAAGGAAAAGUCUAUCCGUGGUUUCUGCCACUUGUAUUCAGGCCAAGAGGCCGUAGCAGUCGGCAUGCGAGCGGCGAUGCGUGACGUGGAUACUCUGAUCACGGCCUACCGUUGCCACGGCUGGACCCAUCUGAUGGGAGUCAGUGUUCUUGGAGUGUUGGCUGAACUGACCGGGAGGGCGACCGGCUGCUCACGGGGCAAAGGUGGCUCUAUGCAUAUGUAUGGACGGAACUUUUACGGUGGCAACGGUAUUGUGGGUGCUCAGGUGCCUCUAGGUGCAGGGUUGGGCUUCGCUCACAAAUACAAGGGCGACGGUGGUGUAGCCUUCGCGCUGUAUGGAGACGGCGCGGCCAACCAGGGCCAGCUGUUUGAAGCGUACAACAUGGCCAAGUUGUGGGACCUGCCAUGCGUGUUCGUGUGCGAGAACAAUGGCUACGGAAUGGGCACCAGCUCGGACCGCUCGUCGGCCAGCUCGGACUACUACACGCGCGGGGACUACGUGCCCGGCAUCUGGGUGGACGGCAUGGACGUCAUGGCGGCCAGGGAGGCCACGCGGUUCGCCAUCGACUACUGCACCAGUGGGAAGGGUCCGCUAGUGAUGGAGAUGGAGACGUACCGGUACGCGGGCCACUCUAUGUCGGACCCCGGCACGUCGUACCGCACCAGGGACGAAGUGCAGGAGGUCCGCCAGACGAGGGACCCCAUCACCUCCUUCAAGGAGAAGAUACUCUCCAACGAGCUCGUCACACCUGACCAACUCAAGGAAAUCGACGUAGCGGUACGCAAAGAGGUGGACGAAGCCACGAAGCGAGCGAAAUCCGACCCCGAGAUACCCGCAGAGGAACUAUCCGGUGAUGUGUACUACAAUUGCCUAGAGGACCCCAUACGAGGCAUCCUCCCUAACGCGCCUCUGAAACACGUGCAAGUCGCUGCACGCAACUAGUGUAGUGUAGACGGGCUAGAUAUUGCAAUGUCUAGACCAACGGGCUGAUGUUCGUUCGUAAAACUCCCCAUGUUCCGCGCGGGACGGGGGGCGUGUAGCGAUAAAUGAAAAAUCCACGACUGAUGCACGAUCACUUCUCCGCACGCACGAUUUCACACCGCGCAGUCUUUCCCCCCGUCGCCCGCAUAUCAUGGGAGUGUUAUCAAUGAACUUGCCAGACUAUACAUACUGUUAUUCAAGUUUAUUGUUCGAUACAUACCGCUUGUUACACUCGUGGGUAAAGUAAAAUUUUGCGCGUCCAUCGUUUGUUAUUUUAAAUUAUAUUCAUUUUCCACUUCUUAUACAAGCAUUUUUGUAAAUUCAAGUCUGUCAGCUGUUCGAAAAAAAAAUAUCCGUUAGAAAACUUUGUGGUCAUUCUUUUUGAAAAAUAUAAAACCUAUCUGGUGAGCAAAUUGUUUCGUUUAGCCGCGCUACUGUUUUGGUUUUUAAGUGUUUUUAUCGAAUAAUUAUUUUUCGUCAUUUCGAUACCUAAUGACUUUUAAAACAGUGUUAAAAUUACCUUUAGGUAUGACUAAAUGCCUCUCAUGACUUCACCGUAACUAUUGAAAAACUUGAAUUUCAUAAUAUUAACUAAAACGCCAUCUAGUUUAAAAGUCCGUGGUCUAGACGCAAUUUUGUGAAUAUUUGUUGACUACAUGUUUUGUUCUGUUAAAAAAGAACUCAAACUUCAAACAGACAUUGAAAUAUUGUCUGUUGUUUUUUUAAAUCGUUAGACCAAAUUGUAAAAUUGUAAAUACUAUGAAUAUUUCGUAAUUUUGUAGCCAGCAAUAUACCAGCUAUAUGUAUAAAUGUUUUUACAGCAUCCGGCAAUUUUUACAGCAACACUAUAGCCCGUUUAUACUCCGUCACUUUACCGGAUACCAUCUAAAAUUAAUUGCAAUUUUGUGAGUAAUGUACCGCUAUUUACUCGAACCUCAAUUCCUCAACGAUUAAGAGGAUGGAAUGACAUUUGCAGGGUGAUUGAUUCAAAUCCCACCUAUUGUGGUACAUAUUUUAAUAAUUAAAUAAGUUUGAGAGGCUUGAGAGUUUAGUCUUAUUAAAACACGAUUUAAUAUUCUUGAAAAUCGCUGAACUAAUUUUGAUAAAUCUUAGAUGGGAUUAUAGAUGGGUGAGUUGCGGUACGUGGGUAAUAUUAAAAAUACAGAUAUAUAUUAAACAUUAUAUAUUUAGUACGUAUGGAUGCAAAAAUGUGCAUUGCAAUUAGUUGACACCAAGCAAGCGAAAGAUUCUUAAAUAUCAAAAUUUAAAAAAAAUAUCCACUAUUUAUGAUUCGAAUAAUACCUAAUAGAGUGAGGAAAUCAAAGUUUGACACGUUCGAAAUUCAAAUUACAAACAUGUGGAUAAAGUAGAAUUUUGAGCGUCGAUUUCGAGCUACAAAGUAAUAUUUUACGUGCUAGUGCGAUGAAAACAUUUUGCAACUAUCACAAAAAAUAUUUGAUGCGAUAUAAUAUAUUUCAUCUUACUAUGUCAAGUAUAAUAAAUUAAAAUGUUCGUCACAUUUGAAAUUCGAAUUACAAUCCACACUUGUGGAUAAAGUAGAAUUUUUCGCGUCGAUUUCGAGCUACAAAGAAAUAUUUUACGUGCUAGUGCCAUGAAAACAUUUUGCAACUAUCACAAAAUAUAAUCGAUGCGAUGUAAUAUUUUACAUCUUACCAUAGCAAGGAAAUUAAUUAAAAUGUUCGUCACGUUUGAAAUUCGAAUUACAAUCCACACUUGUGGAUAAAGUACAAUUUUGUGCGUCGAUUUCGAGCUACAAAGCUAUUUUACGAACUAGCGCGAUUAAAAAAUUUUGCAGCCAUCACAAAAAAUGAUUGAAGCAAUUUAUUUAGUAAAUGAUUAAAAGGAUUGAGUUGCCAUAAACCGGGGACUUUUCAUUUAUGAGUCGUCGGCUUGAAAACUAACAGUUACAAAAUCAGUACGCCUAGGAAGCAACAACGACUUAAUAUCUUGUCUAGAGAAAGACAUAUAGUCUAAGAACCGGCAUUAGAAAUUUAUACCCUCAUCUGUUAUUUACUUAGAUAAUAUUCACGGUGACACAUUUAUUAUUAUUAAUUCCUAGUCACAAUUUUCACAUGAAUUAAAUUAAAACUAAGAAUAAUAAAAUCUAAAUUUUAAUUGAAUAAAAUAAUUAUAACAAAUACAUACCAUCUAAUUAUUCACCCAUUGGCUAGGUACCCAAUACGCUGUUACCCGUCUUGAUGGCAAGACUUAUCCUUUGGGCCAAGCGGCUAUUAAGCGCUAGCUGUCGGACAAAGAAUUAAAAACCAUGAAUUAGAUUAAAGGCAGCUUAAUACAGUUAAAUUAAGCAUUAAAUAAAUAUAAUUUAAUUUGACAUAUUAGACGAUUAAAUAACUGAUAAGAGUAUUUAUAUAACAUUAUUUACCUGUUUGUCUGGCAACCCCACAGUUGCAGAGUGAAAGCAGACAAUCUUUAGGUUUUUAAUUCUGUUGGGUAUGUUAGUUUAACUAGUGUAUGAUUUUUAAUAACUAAGCAAAAAACUAAAUUUGUUAAAAAAAAAAUCAUUUAAUACUCACCGGUCGCAAUUUCACUAGGCAAACCUAUUUGCAAUGUGUCAAUGUGAAUAUUUUCUAUCAUUUAUUUCUUAUACCAAAUAAAUAACAGAUGAGGGUAUAUAUUUGUUACGUCGGAUCUCGAACUAUAAUAUUGUACGUAACGGAAUUAAAAAUAUUGCUAUCUCUUUCAUUGCGAUGGGACGAAAGAGUGUGAUAAUUUUUAUUUCGCCGCUAUUUGUCGAUAUCUCUUACUCGUCAAGAAAUAUGUCAUUUCUAAUUAAUUAAUUAAAUUAAUUAAUUAUUAAUUCUAGGCCUACUGAAUCCUUUAAUAACAAACUGGAUUUGGUGUUAUAGACUCCAUUAGCAGAAUAAGGUGAACUAUUUUUUUUUAUAAGUAGAUAUUGUAUAUUGUAGUGUAGUAUUAACAGUGGUGUGCACUUCAUACAUGCGUAAACGCAUUGCUUACCAAUUUAUAUAAGUUAAUUAAAGUUUUUCUCUUUUUGGCAUCAUCUUUAUGCCUAGUGCUUACCUUGCACAGGUCACUGCACGCCACUGUAUGUUACCAUCGUGAUAAUAAAGAAAUUUUAUAUAUAUAUGAAUAGAUUUAGUAGAAGAUAUUUAAAAAAAGGAAUCUUAAAUGUUUAGAUAUUAAUUUGUUUAUUUCUUUUAUCUUUAUUUAAUUAAAAUGUUCAACUGCCAAUGUAUUCAGAAAUGUAUUUAAAGCACUUUUACUAUAAAGUUUAUUUAAAAAAAUAAAUAACAAAAUACAUAA